UGUGUGUGUGUGUGUGUGUGUGUGUGUGUGUGUGUGUGUGUGUGUGAGAGAGAGAGAGAGAGAGAGAGAGAGAGAGAAAGAGGGUGAGAGCAUGCUGCAUAAGCAUAUUAAUGUAUUCUGGAGACAGACAGAGUACUCGAAGGAUUGCGAUGCCAAGGUUUUCCUUUAGAAUUGUAUUUGAAAAGGAUUGAGGAGAGAGGGGGAGGUAGAGGGGGAGGAAAAGAUGAAGCGUUGAGGGACAGAUGCUGGUGCAGGUCACUGUGAAGAAAUGUUGGAAAAGUGGGCAGAAACUGAUUCGGGUUUCUGAUGCCAGUUUAAUGCAGAUUCACUUGUCGGAUAUUGUACAUCGCUGCCAGGAAAGUCUUGGAGUAUGUCUGGGCAGUUUGUCAGGAUGUUUUAGAAUCUAAAACGAUUGCUUAGGAUUAAGUGAAAUGUCUGUUUUGUGGUUCGUGCUGUUUUUUUGUGCAGUGUAUCACAAACUCUAUGGCAAUUGCAAACAGUGAGAGUGUGUGUGUGUGUGUGUGAGAGAGUGGGUUUUGUGUCUCUCCCCCCCCCGAAAUGAAUUUCUAAUAUCGUCAGAAUCGUUUCUCUGCAGCACUGCAGCAGCCGUCAGAGAAAAGCGUAGGAUCAGAACAGUAAAUUAUUGCAUGUGAAAGUUUAGCCAGGGCAAGAUAUUAGGGGAGAGUGAGCCAGGCCUCGUGCCGCUUCACAGGGAGGUUUCUGGUUUCGCCCCGGCAGACUGCACCUCCUCUGUUUAGUCUGCUCCAAGCAUAAACUUUUCCACUGAGAGUUCUUACGGCUUACGAUCAAACUGCCCGUGCCGGUGUUGAAUGAAUCGCUGUGCAUUUUUUUUUGUACCCUUUUUCUUUUUUCUUGAAACAAAAUUUUUGAAGGAAAAAAUUGGAAAGGACCAAAUUCCAUUGAACCUGAUAAUACAUGGCCAGCGAGAUACAAUAAAUGGACUGUUAUACACUGUUUCUAUUUUAACAUCCUAUUCCACAUUUAGUCCCGAUUUACUGUUAUAAUAACCUUCUCUCUUCUGGGAAGAUGUUUCAUUAGAUUUUGGAGUGUGGCUAAGGAGAUUAUUUCUCCUUGAGCCUUAAGGGUGUUAGUAAAAUCAGUUACUGAUGUAGAUUGAGGAGGGCUCGGGUACAGUCAGCGUUCCAAUUCAUCCCAAAGGUGUUCAAUAAAGUGAGAUAAGUGAGAUAAGAGAUGGCUUCAUAGAGCUGACUUUGUCUCAGGUGUCCUAGUCCAAGUAAAUGGAAAAAUUAAUGCUACUGCAUCCGAAAACAUCAUAUACAAUUGUGUGCUUUCGAAUUUUGUGGUAACAGUUUGGGGGGGGGGAACAAACGGCUGGAAAGUGCAGGUAUUUCAAUACUUUUGUCCAUACAGUGUAUGUUUGUGUCUGUCAGAAAAACCAAUGUACUACGUAUAUUUCACAGUCGGUACAAGCAAGUGACAUGAAGUAAAUCACAGAACAGUCAGUGAAAACUGUUUCUAAUAAAACCACAAUAAUGCUAUGGUUUCGUUCACAAAAUUGGCACACUUCCUCCACACAUACUGUCUGAUUUUCACGGCCCACCUUGUUGACAAGUGAAAUUACAAUUGAAAGGUUUUCGGUAUAAGCGGAGACCGAAGCUUGACGACGACAAAAACACACUUAGAAACGAAGGCAUCACUGUAACUCUCAUCGCUAUGCCAGAUUCAUACUUGUUAAGACCUUGAUUUUCCAUUUUCAAUUUGGCAAGCCGCUGUGCACAUAAAUGCAAAGGCAAAUACCCCGUUCUCGAAUGAUGUGCACUCGUAUGCGAAUGUGCGAUCGGAAAAACACAUGAUUAGCUUCAUUGAAAUAACUGAUACACUUCCAUCUUUGAGUUUCUUUUCUGUUACCACCUCUUAUAACAGCAUGGAAGAUGAAAUGCUUUAAAAUCUGUUUGUUUUGUCUGGUUCUCUGCAGGCAUGGGCAAUAUGAUGUUACAUUGAUUUCAUGAGGAUGUUGUGAUGGCUUUUAUCAUAACACUUGAAAUAAAUGUAUUUAGUAACAGGUACAAUAUUUAAUGGUUAAAUAUUGAAGGUUUUCCUCACAAGUAUGUAGGUUCGGAAAGACUCUGAAAAGUCUGUUUAGUGUAGGAAGGUUAGGAAUUAUCUACAUAAAUAGAGUUUCAAGUUUCUUGGCAUGCACAUCAAGUGCUAAGAAUCUCUAUAGAUUGACGUGUUUGUGCUAGAGUUUUACACUCCUGCCCAGACACAGUGCAGAAUGAUAAAUGUGUUCUUACAUUGUACAAAAGCCUGAAAAAACGUUGAACACAGACAAAAGGCCGUAAAAAAAUGAUUAGUGUGUUCUAGAGAUGUGUAUCUCCAUAACUGAGGGCAAUGUGAUUCGCAUCUCGAUGCAUAGACGAUGAUACGAUACAUUUAAUAAACAUAUAAAGCUGUUACCGAUGCGAUGCGAUACAGCUCUACCUCUGCCAUGUUAAUAUAUAUUCUAUGUGAGUUUCAAGACACAGCUGUAGUGUUGCGAUACGUCAUAUUCCUUGGUCACAAAUUAUUGGUCUCUUUCUAAAUAAUUAAAAGUGUGGCGCAUCUGCUAAUUAUAAAAUAUUAGUACAGCGUUUUUUUACCGAUGCAAUAUGUUACAAAAACGCAUCUUGAUACAAAUGCCAACGAUGCACACUUUAAAAUCGAUGUAUCAUAACUUUUAUGUCGAUGCACAGGUGAAUUUUUCUAUCCCUAAUGUGUUAUAAUCAAGUAAAUAUUAGAAUAGAAGUGUAAUCAUGUAAACAUUCCUGUUUAAGUUCAUCUCUCGGUUACUGAAAAGCAGAAGAGCGAGUGGUGCUUCAUCAUUAGUGCUAUUUUUGUAAUGAGCCUUCCGUGGCAGCCCGGUGCUGUUCCUGAUGCCCGGUCCAACCUCCCUCUGUGCUUCAAACUUCCACUGCGACCUUGAGAGUUGUUGCCACUUCAUGCUGUGUCCACAUGUUCACGGCCCACCGCUCUGUGCCCUCCCGCAGGCGCUGGGAUUGAACUGACCCAGGGUACCCUGGGGUUCGGUCUACUUUGGGAAGGGUGAACGGGUCAGGACAGGAGGGUCACUGCACCAUGUCUGGCAGUGGUGCAUUAUGGUGAGCACGGGAGCUGUGAGCUUUGGCGCCAGUUCCAAAUGCUCUCACAGCUUCUCCUGACGUCCUGCGAGUUCCAGUGACUUUGAGCUGGUGUGUGAGUCAUAAGUGACUAAUUCAGCUGUUCAGUGUUUUUAAACAAUAAUUGUGUAGGUGACUUUUUGUGUCGCAGGACACGAAAAAAUGUGGCCGGUGAUGACUUUUCUAGAAUGCACCAUAAAAAACCCACACUGUAAAAACUUUCUUUAUAGGACGUAUGUCAUGUUUUCAAAGCAGCGUCUUUUCUUCAUUACUGAGGAUUACUUUAAAGCAGUAUUUAGAAUUUAAAACCCUAACUAAAAUAAAGCACGUUAUAGAUGAAUGAAGGGAUUAUGAAGAAGAAGACAGAUAAUAUAACACUACUAAUUCCAAGGUGGGGGGAUUCUAAUGUUACAGCAGCAUUCAAGAUACAAGACAGAAUAUUAAGCAAGAGAAGUGGAAGGAAAGUAUUAAAAUGAAAUUUAAAUACAUAUGGCCAAAUACACUUGUAUCUAAAUUUACUGUAAAAAAGCAAAAAAAAAAAAAAAAAAAAAGCGAAGGGUCUGCAGGUUGAAAAAUGUUGUUGAGAGGGUUCAGACGAGAAUGACCAGACUGGUCUGAAAUGACAGAAAGUCUAUAGUAAUUAAAAUAAGCACUCUACAACCAUAGUAUGUGGAAAAUCAUUCCAAAAAAUUACAAACCCUGAAUGAGCUAGAACAGCAGAAAAUCACAUCAGGUUCCACUCCUUUCAGCCAAGAACAAGAAUCUGAGUAUAUUACAGGCACCGAUUCAGUGAAACUGGGUACUUAAAUACCAGAAAGAAGACCAGGUGAUUUUUUUUUUGACUCUGUACCCAUCAGAUUCCUUUUCUUGCUUAACAGGAGUAGAAGCCAUUGUGGUCUUUUGCUGUUGCAGUCCAUCCACUUUACAGUUAGAUGUUUUGCAUGUUGAGAUGCUUUUCAGCACACCCCGGUUGUAAAGAGUGAUUAUUUGAGUUAUUGACUAUAGAAACUUCUAAAAUCCUCCAACCAGGCAAUCUAGCAGCAACAACCACACCAUGGUUAAAUGAACAAAGAUGACACUUUUUUCCAUAUUCUGAUAUUUAAUGUUUUUCAUGCUGUCAUAAGGAGUCCAAGGAGUCUAUGUAUUUUUUCUGUCAAAAUAGUGUAUUGGAAUUUGGAUCUAAGAAAUAAACAUAAAGUGUAAUACAUUGUACACUCUAUUGUACACUCUUGUGAAACUGUGGUUAAGACUUUUCAAAGAAGAAAUCUAUAGAAAUGGUAGUUUCCUCCCCAAAAAAGACAAAGAAAUCUAUAGUGUAAUGGAUAUAGUCGGAUGAUAAAUUCCUAUAUUACUAUGAAAAAGAAAAAUACACACUGAGCUGUUCAGACAAUGAAACAGCAGAAUGAUUGUUCAGUUGCUUCGUGUCACCAGGCUGCCUUUGCUUAAGCUGCAGUAUGAUCCUGCUUCAGUCUUGCUGCAGCUGUUGCUUUUGAAAUGACAGGGACAGGUGUGUGUGGCCGUGACCUAGAUCAGCGCUCGGUAGCGGAAGGCCAAUACACGACUGAACUGCACAGCUCUCGACCUAGUGAAACUACAGUGAAACUGUAGAGCUGUACAGUGCGCCGUGUCUAUGCGCACUUAUGUUCAGGUAUUUUUAUUUAUAGCAUGCAGGCAUUAUAUAAAUGUUUAAAUUAUCCACUGAACAAUUUUAAUCCCCGAUGGUUCAAAUUUUUAAUCUUACAAUGGCGAUAAUAAUACAACAAAAUUGUAUAUUUUACAUUUCGUGCCGCAGGCAAACGUAGCCUCCACUCGUAAAGUCCACCGUAAGAUAGGGGGACAACCUGUAUUCAAAAAUAUACAGGCCAUGCAUUUCACCACCUUCAGUGGUGUCCUACCUGAGUCAAUCCACCUCUUAAUUCACCUCUCAACAUCAUUAUGACGCUGCAUCACAGACGGGUUUUUCAUGCAGUGAGCAUGAAUGUCAUUACUAACGCAAGAAACCUAAUUAACACAAUUCAAGUCUCCUUUCACUGUAGCCACAGCCGCAUUGCCUCAUCAUAUAUACAGAUAAUAGAUCAUACAUACAUUAGAUAAUACAUAAUCUCAAACAGAAGCAUCGAUAUUCACCUCAUAAAAGUACCCCGGGGUUUCUGUGCAUGUUUGGGCAUUUUUCCAGGCAUUGCGAUUUGAAAUGAAGGCAAACUGGCAUUCAGUCAAAGCAAGUGAAAAUGCCAACAUGUUCUGAAGCCUGUGAACUGUGAUGGUUGUGGUAAAAAAAAGCCUGCCGUGCUCAUAGUGGUGGCCUUACAGCAACACGUAAGGUGACGGCUACAAUCUGAUCGGAUAGAAACACGUAUACAGACACUCGUGUCUAGGAGCAGCGCACCAGAGAGAUACGCUUUGAUAACAUUGGGAAUAAUUGAAGAUAUAUUCAUGGGAAAAAAAACUGGAUAUAAACCGUCCAGGUAUGACCUCAGGGGCUCGGAUGCCCCACCAAGGUGCCCCUAUGGGUCCACCCGGUCCCCCAUAUGGUGGAACACCCCCGAUUCGGCCUGGGAUGCCCAACACCACACUGGACCCAAACCGCAAACGGCCCACUACUACACCACCGGUGCAAGCCACGCCCGUCCAGACCCGGCCUAGAAAGAAACCACUGGGAUUCCAAGGAGCCAAUGAUGUUUCUGCAAGACCGCUGGACUUGCGAGAGGUCCAAUCUGAGCCAGCAAUUGGAUCCAAUGCCAAGAGAAGGAAAAUGGCAGACAAGAUUCUCCCUCAGAGGAUUCGUGAGCUGGUGCCCGAGUCGCAGGCGUACAUGGACCUUUUGGCUUUUGAGCGCAAACUGGAUCAAACUAUUAUGAGAAAGCGGGUGGAUAUUCAAGAGGCGCUCAAGAGACCGAUGAAGCAAAAGCGCAAGCUCCGACUGUACAUCUCGAACACCUUUAACCCCGCCAAGCCUGAUUCGGACGACUCAGAGGGCAGCAUUGCAUCCUGGGAGCUGAGAGUAGAAGGCAAGCUGCUAGAUGAUCCUGGAAAGCAAAAAAGGAAGUUUUCUUCAUUCUUCAAGAGUUUGGUUAUUGAGCUGGAUAAGGACCUGUAUGGCCCCGAUAACCACUUAGUAGAGUGGCAUCGCACUCCCACAACCCAGGAGACGGAUGGCUUCCAGGUGAAGAGGCCUGGAGACGUGAAUGUUCGGUGCACACUGCUUCUAAUGCUUGAUUACCAGCCACCCCAGUUUAAGCUUGACCCUCGGCUUGCACGUCUGCUGGGCAUUCACACCCAGACCCGCUCCUGCAUCAUCCAAGCCCUGUGGCAGUAUGUCAAGACAAACAAGCUGCAGGACUCCCACGAAAAGGAAUAUAUAAACUGUGACAAGUAUUUCCAGCAGAUCUUCGACUGCCCACGUCUGAAAUUUAGUGAGAUUCCUCAGCGGCUCACUAACCUGCUGCUGCCCCCCGACCCAAUUGUGAUCAACCAUGUCAUCAGCGUUGACCCCAAUGACCACAAGAAAACAGCCUGUUAUGACAUCGAUGUCGAGGUGGAUGAUCCUCUAAAGACCCAGAUGAAUGGUUUUCUGCUUUCAACGGCAAAUCAGCAGGAAAUAGCUUCACUAGACAACAAGAUCCACGAGACCAUUGAAUCCAUCAACCAGUUGAAGAUUCAAAGAGACUUCAUGCUCAGUUUUUCCAGAGAUCCCAAAGGUUACAUCCAGGACUGGAUCUGUUCACAAAACCGAGACCUCAAGCUCAUGAUGGAUGUGGUGGGAAACCCAGAGGAGGAAAGAAGAGCAGAGUUUUAUAACCAGCCUUGGUCUCAAGAAGCUGUGAGUCGCUACUUUUACUGCAAGAUCCAACAACGAAGACAAGAACUCGAACAGGCCUUGGCGAUGCGCACCACUUAAACUUCUCAUCGGUCCGGAGCGAAACUUACCAGCACACUUAUUGGUCAAAUAAUGACAGGAAUUUUAAUCUAGUUAAAAAAUCUGAAACAUACUGGACAAUUUUUCCCGGUAUCCUUGAACAAUAUAAAUCACUGGCAACUGGCACUCUUUGUUAUUUAUUGAACAUUUUGUAUAUGGCAUUACAGUUUAACGUUGAGUUUGUAAGUAUUAUCAAAAAUGAAUACAAAUAAAAGACUUUUAUGGAAAAUUCCUAUGCUACAAACCAGAGGAAAACAGAGCCAAAAAUUUUGCUGGCUUUUUUCUUUCUGAGGGAAUGUUUUGUAUUUGCAAAAAAAUAUCGUCUCUUUUGGGUAAGAAUGAGUUUGAACCUUGGAUAAAAGGGAAAGAAAUGUGUACUGUGAAGUUCCGCUGUUAUUUUUAUGUUUGUUUCGUCAACAGUAUUUGGUAUUAGUGUAUGUGAAUAUGUGUUAACAGUACUGGAUAUUUUGAGUAUCACUUUAGAUUCUGCUUUGUCUUCGUUCAUCUGCUGUGUGUCCGUGAACUGAAGCACUGUGUAAACCUCUCUAUAGGUCUUAACAGAACAUUCACCAUGGCCGAGGCUUCACUAGGCUAAAACUUGCCUGCUUUCACAUUUCUGUUAAUUAAUACAGCUUGAAAGCCUUUUUACUCGGGUGGUGUGAGCACAUGUUGAGGACCUGAAAGAUGAAAACUUUCAAGAAAGAUACAUAUCCUUUAUCUCACCCCACCACCACCCCCAAACCCCGUGCGCCAUGAUCACUGAUUUCAUUUUUGUCAGCGGCUCUGCCUCGUUGUUGUCAGACAUCUGUUCACACCAGUGCAUGUUGCAUGAGAACAUACAAGCCUGUUUUUAGGAAACAGCUUCGCAUGAACCAGUCAGCAUUGUAACUUCGUUGCCUUAAAAGUUUACUGAGGAUGCAGAUUUAUAAAAAAAAAAAAAAGCAUUUACCAAAGUUUAAAUGUAGGCCAAUUUUUAUUUAGUACCAUUGUUAUAUUUUUUUAUUUUCUGUAGAUAAAGUCAUACUCAGUCACAAUAGUUCAAUGGACUGGUGAUUACCUUUUUACCUAUGAGAUGGAUUACUGAGAUGCUAACUUGGUUUAAAUGAUGUUUCAGUCACCUGCAGUCACAUUUUUUAACAUGGGUACGGUUUAAGUGUGGUGGCAGUGACACUGCUGCGAAAAUGAAUGUCAGAUUUGUUAAUUCUGGGACACCUGGUCCUGUAAUUUUUCUAAGGAUGUUCUUUAUUUAUAGUAAUAAAAAAAUCGUGUUCUCAUGUCACAAACAUUUGAUAAGUGUAAAUUAAUAAAUGCCUUUGUUUCA